AUGCUCCCUCAAAUUUGGGAUUCUGAAGCUGAGAGCCUGUUUUGUACUGCAUUUCUUCUUCUCUAGGCCUUGAUUCCUUUUGUUCUCUUGUUUCGCUGGGCCCGGCCCGGGGGGAGGCCGUCCUGUCCAUCGCCGAACCUAACGGAGACGACGCGGGUGCUCUCUGUCCCAAGCCGCUGCUGUUGCAUCAUGAUCUCGAGCCUGUUUUCGUUCGCACGGCGUCCCUCGUGGCUUCGUCUUGCAUCGCUACUCCCGGCCGAAAGUCACUACCGAGACGAGAUGAGACGAGCCGUGUCACCAAUCGUCGGCCGAAUUACCGCCGCGUGCACCUCGUCGAACCACCACCGUGGCCAUCCUUUGCCAGGGAGCACCGUACCGGUCAUCCGUCUAGCCGAUUCCGUUGAAGUCCAAAUUUGGCACUAUUAUCCUGUGAAUCUAGUAUAUUCCCGAGUAUCUCCGUCUUCAUUGGAAUAUCGGUCAUCUUUGUGUGCUCUGCCUUGGAAGCAUUCCAAAAGCCUCAGCUCACUUCUUGACCAGGCCACGCCACACCAAGUUACCAACCUUUUUCCUUCUUCUUGGGGGAGAGAGAGAGGUCUGGAAGUAAUACGCUUCCCAGAUAUGGCACACUCAAAGGCCAGAGCAUCAGAAGUUCAGUACGAUGUGUUCUUGAGUUUUAGUGGAGCUGAUACUCGUUUUGACUUCACAGACUUCCUCAAUAGAGACUUGAAUAAUGCCGGCAUCCGCGUAUUCAGGGACGAAGAUGCGAUUGAGGUGGGUGAUAAGAUUGGUGAAACAAUUCUACAAGCUAUUGACAACUCCAAAAUCUACAUACCCAUCAUCUCUCAAACUUAUCCCGACCGUGAAUGGUGUCUCAUCGAGCUUGAACACAUGAUGUACAAUGUGUUUAGGUCAAAUGGCAAAAAAAGGAUAUUUCCCAUCUUUUAUAAAGUGGAACCUGGGCAUGUUAAACAUCGGACUCCACGCCCCAAAAAUCUUUCCUCUGAAGAGGCUCUUGCAAAGGUUGGUCAAAUCAAGGGAUGGAAGGUCGAGGAGGGACAAAGCCAAGCAAAAAUUGUUGAUUUGGUCGUUCGGAAGGUUUUGGAGGAGCUAGGCAGAAAAGAUGAGUCACAGACUGAGCAUCCGAUUGAGCUUGAUGACUUGACACAGUCACUUGAAGACUCUUAUAAUCGUGCAGUGAUGCGGUAUGCUGGAAGAGAGAGUCUAAGCAGAGGAAGUAUAGGGAGAGGGACGAGUCGAAGCAGUACUAGUACAGAGAGGAGAUGGAGUAAUCUAAGCAUAAAUAGGAUGGAGGGCAUGGACAUGGAGGAGGCUAGUGUGAGUACAGGGAGGAGUGGAAUCAAAGGGAGUCUAAGCAUAAAUAGGAUGGAGGACAUGUACACGGAGGAGGGCAGUGGGAGUACAGGGGGAGAAGUGGAAGCAGCAGAAGGACUAGCAGCAGCAGAAGAGGGAGGAGCGGGAGCAGUGGAAGCAGCAGGAAUAGCAGCGGGGAAGAGGAAGCGGGGGAAGCAGUGAGAGGAAGUUUUCAAGAUAUUUGUUUGGGGGCGUUCUUGGUGUGCCUUUUUUAUGCAUUGUGUUUUAGCCUUUCUCUGCUUAAUAACAAGGAAACAAGUCGAGAUGGGUUAUGGAUGCUUCUUUCAUUUUUUGAUCAGCAUGGGAUGGUAAACAGCGCUGUUCAAACUUGUAAGGAGAGUUCUAUAGAUUUGAUAAGUAUCUCAACUUCUGUAAUUCAAUCUCCUCUGAGAAUUCUGAUCCCGGUGCUUGUGGUCGGGCAUAUGGUAUGAAAAUAUUUGAUCUCAAAGAGUGGAAGAAGAGAAACAUCAUGGGAAUAUAUCAUCGAUGGCAGUAAAUGAAUGAGGAUGGGACAUUGUGGAUAGUCGGCGUCUUACCCCCUGGAUUGGUCACUUUCUACAAUCUGACUAAAUAGUUCGAUCAGAGGUGGCAUGUGUUUAGACUCGGCUAUGAUCCAGCACUCAACUGGACAGAAAUGGACAAUGCAGCAGUUAUUCAUUACAAUGGAAACUGUAAACCAUGGUUGGAUUUGGCAGUCUCCAACUAUUUUGUAAAUCUACGAUCAGUCUUGAAGGGGAACAAUGCAGCUGUGUAUGCAUAAUAUACCAAUCAAAGAGAAGGAACUUUGCCAUACAAUUACAAUUCAAUUUGACAUGCCUGAGAAUUGCCGACACAGUCUCGCAGGUUAGAGAACUGUCCUCCAAUGGAAGAUGGCAUGAAGUGUUAGUCCACUUUAAUGAAGUGAAGUGAGCAGGAAUUGAAAUCACUGAGCAUUCCAUGAUUAAUUCCGUCGUCAAAGCUUCGUCAAAGCGUCUUUCAAAGGUAUCAAAUAAACAAGGGAAGUCCAUCCAUGCUUGUGUGCUCAAGCAGGGUCUUGACACAUUCUCUUCCAUCAGCAAUUCUGUCAUGGAUUCGUACAUGAAGUGCAGGGACUUGGAAUCCAUGUUGGGCGCCUUCCGGUCAAUACAAAGCAGGGACUCCGUGUCGCAGAAUGUGCUCACUCGUAGGUUUCUUCAUCAGGGGAAUUUGGGAUGAAGGUUGUCAUGAUUUCGGCGAGCCCAAGUUGAUGGAUUCGAACCCAAUGUCUGCACUUUGGUACUGGUUCUCCAGGCGCAUAUGUGGAUGUUGAUAUGGAGCGAGCAGAUGGACUUUCAUAUGCUCUUGAAGUUCAUCAACGAGUGGAGUGGGCACAUUGAUCUCGAUUCAAUCUUAGAAUGAAGAGACAUUAUGCAAAUGUGCAGGGAUAGUUUGUUCAAAACAGAGAUGAGCAUGAAAAGGCACAAGGUUUCAGGAUGUGCCCGCACAAGAUAUGAUGAAGUAUGAUCACCUGACUUAAUGUGAAAAACUUCGGAUCAGCAUUUAAAUUAGGGGGAAAAUCUCUCCUUCCCCCGCCAAUGAGGGGGAUAAUUGAGGCAAGUCCUGAUGAAUGAAGACAUGAAGCAAAAUGAAAUUGAUUCAACACAAGAAGGUUCUAUCGUUCCUAAAUUAGUCCAAUUCAAGUUUGAAAUGCAAGUAACAUGUCCCAUCUCUUGUAGGACAAGGCGCACAUCAACCGCGGGAGCGACGCCUUCUACCAAGUUGGCAUGCUAAGGCCAUCCAUUUUGUUGUAAAGGAUGUAUAUCGUUCCUAAAAUGAUUUCUAGUCAAGUGUGGAAAUGACAUGCCCAGUCUUCUAAAUGUCUCUUUGAGAAGAGCAUUUGAAAAGAGCAAGAAUUGAACUUUGUGGAUUAUCGUAUGCAGUAAAGAUGUUUUUCAUAAAUAAAAUCAAGGCCAUAGAGGCAUUUUUCAAGCAAUCCUGUCACUUUAGGUGAUUUAUGUCAUGCAUAUUAUGCAUAUAUCCUUCAUAAUAUUUUCCUAACAUGUGUCGUCGUCAUUCUUGAUAGGAAAUGUCAUACCCGAAGAACAGAAACACGUGAAGGGUAAAUUGUAUCGAAACCAGUUGCUGAUUUUGAUACUGUUUCUGAGAUGAUUCUCUUUUCCUUUGAUUUGGAUUACAUCAAACACUUGUAAGAGGUGUGGUACUAUUCUGAUUAGUGGUUCUGUUAACGGUUACUGAUGAUUAUAACACAAGCUUGUAGGAUUUUUUAGUAGGAAAUGACAAUGAUAGUAGAUGUUCCAAUUAAAAAAGCUAGCGCAAAUCGAGAAAGGGAAACAAAUUACUCGUACUUUGAGCUGUUCGCAAGGUGAUAUGCUUCUUUUUGGAUCAUAACCAUGAGGAGAAGAGAGAGCAGGGGGGUGCAUUGCUAACUUGACAGUACCAUUUGCUUUGUAUCAUCUAUGUAUGAUGAGUUGCUGAGAGAUUGUCUCCCCUCUGGUUGAUAGAACUUGUUCUUCACAUGCAGAGUCUUGACCGUAUAAAUAUGUCAGCUUUUGGAAGGUACAAAUGCUCAAUACUAGACAUGCAAGCUAGGUUGCUGUUAGACACGCUGGGGAAGAGUAUUGAGCCUGCUUUGGUGUAUCCUUGAGCAUUAGUAGCUAAGCCAUGGCAGGCAUCCAGUGAAAUGUUUCCUGGAAUUGAUCCUUGUAGGAGAUAUGCAAAGAUAAAAUUUGUUGGAGAUAUGUGAGAUAUGUGAAGAUCAAUUUGGGAUCAUAAUUGAUCUAUAGUACUGUUUCAAAAAUCAAUUUAGGAUUAGAUUUGAUUUUAUUUGAUUUCAUGUGUUGGGUCUUAUUUCUUCUUUAGUUAUAUAUCAAUUGUAUUAUAAAUAGGAGCGUAUUCUUGUAAAGGACAAUUCAUUCAAUACAGAAUACAGAUUUCUCCCAA